CUCCGGUCUGUGCGGAUGUCCGUUGAUGUUCCUGUGGUCGGACAGAGUCUCGGAGCGGGACUGAGGAUCAACUGUGACCCACAACAAGUUUUACAAACACACAUUAACCGAGUAGACCGUCUCAAACAGGGACACCGACGUUCACGGCAACCCCGCACCUCUCGGUACACCGACACUAACAUACAUAGUCCUUUUGAACCGGGACCAGGCCUUCUCAGCUCCGAGGGGCCCGGCAAAGCACGGCGGGAGCAGAUGGAGCCUGCACCGGCGAAGGCGAAGCCGCAGGGCCGGCUCCUGGUGUCCACCCCGCUGGACGCUAAAGACGAGCUGGAGGAGAGGUUGGAGCGUUGUGUUGGGAUUGUCCAGUCGUUAACCAAUGGGCUGUCGGACCGAGAAGCCAAUGACGCCCUCACAGCCAGCGUAUGUAAAGGUCAGCCGCAACAUGAGGAGGUUUGUCUGGGUCUCUUCACCCUGGUGCUCACAGAACCUGCCCAAGCCCAGAGGUGUUAUAGAGAUCUUACACUGGUCAACAGAGAUGGGAUGAAUGUAGUCCUGGUGAAAAUCAACCACAUCCUCAUGGAGAAGUUCCUUAAACUGCAAGACAUCCCCAGAACCCAGCUGGUGUGGCUGGUCAGGGAGCUGGUGAAGAGUGGAGUGAUGGGAGCCGAUGGAGUCAUCAUGACACUGCUGAAACAGAUUGCAGGUGGAGAUGUGUCUUCUAAAAACCUGUGGCUGGCUGAGAGCGUUCUGGACAUCCUGCUGGAGCAAAAGGAGUGGGUCUUGAAGAGCGGGAUGCUAAUAGCGAUGUCUGUCUACACUUACCUCCGCCUGAUCGUUGACCACGGAGCGCCGAACCUGCUGUCUCUCCGUCAGAAGGAAGUCGAUUUUUGUAUUGGCAUGCUAAGGGAGAAGUUCAUGGAGUGUGUGAUUAUCGGCAGAGAUUUGGUACGUCUACUGCAAAAUGUUGCUCGAAUUCCAGAGAUGGAGCUGCUGUGGAGAGACCUGCUGCACAACCCACAAGUCCUCAGUCCUCAGUCCACUGGCGUUCUCCAGCUGCUCACAGCUCGGACCUCUAGAAAGUUUUUGGCUUGUCGACUCACACCGGACAUGGAGACCAAACUGUUGUUCAUGACCUCAAGGGUGCGUUUUGGGCAGCAGAAGAGAUAUCAGGACUGGUUUCAGAGACAGUACCUGUCAACAGCAGAGAGCCAGUCCCUGCGCUGUGACUUGAUCCGCUACAUCUGUGGAGUGGUCCAUCCGUCCAAUGAGGUCUUGAGCUCUGACAUUCUGCCACGCUGGGCUAUCAUUGGCUGGCUGCUAACUACCUGCACGUCUAAUGUCGCGGCUUCGAACGCCAAGCUGGCACUUUUCUAUGAUUGGCUGUUCUUCAGUCCAGAGAAAGACAGCAUCAUGAACAUAGAACCUGCCAUCCUGGUGAUGCAUCACUCUAUGAAACCUCACCCUGCCAUCACUGCUACACUGCUGGACUUCAUGUGCAGAAUCAUCCCUCACUUCUAUCCCCCACUGGAGUCGCAGGUCCGUCAGGGUGUCUUCAACUCCCUAAACUUCAUCAUGGAGAAGAGAGUCUUGGCUCACCUCGCUCCGCUGUUUGAUAAUCCAAAAUUGGACCGAGAGCUUCGAUCAAUGCUCAGAGAGAGAUUUCCCGAGUUCUGCAGCUCCCCCUCUCCCCCGACCGAAGUUAAGAUGGAAGAGUCUGUUUCCCUGGAGAUGGAAAACCACGUGUUGGAUAAGGAGGAGGGUUGCUAUGACAACACAGAGGCUGCCUUCAGUGACGAUGAAGAGGAGGUCACCAACAAAGGAAAAAAGAGGGAGUUCAGGUUCCACCCAAUCAAAGAGGCUGUGAUAGAGGAGCCCGCUGACAUCACGCCCUGGCUGGACCAGUUAGAUGAGACUAUGAAAGACAAAGUGCAGCAGCUGCAGAAGACCAGCGACACUGAGGCUCAGUGUGAGACCAUGCAGGAGAUCGUGGACCUGAUUUUGGAGGAGGACUUUGACUCAGAGCAGAUGUCAGCUCUGGCCUCCUGUCUGUCUGAACUGUUUAAAGAUCAUUUCAGAGGGGAUGUUCUGCCAGAGGAGAUCACAGAGGAGUCCCUGGAGGAAUCGGUGUGUAAACCCGUCUGUCUGAUCUUCAGGAACCUAGUCACAAUGCAAGAAGACAACAGCGGCUUCUCUGUGCUGCUCGACAUGUUGGCAGAACUUUAUCAGAAACAGCCCAAGAUCGGAUACCACCUGCUGUACUACCUCAAAGCCAGUAAGGCGGCGAAUGGGAAGAUGAUGCUGUAUGAGUCUUUUGCUCAGGCCACAGCUCUCGGGGACCUGCACACGUGUCUGAUGAUGGACAUGAAAGCAUGUCAAGAAGAUGACGUGCGGCUACUCUGCUACCUCACUCCCUCCAUCUAUUCUGAGUUUCCAGAUGAAACGUUGCGGAGCGGCGAACUGCUCAACAUGAUUGUAGCCGUCAUCGACUCCACACAGUUACAGGAGCUGAUGUGUCAUGUGAUGAUGGGAAACCUAGUGAUGUUCAGAAAAGACUCGGUGCUCAACAUCCUCAUUCAGUCUUUGGACUGGGAGACCUUUGAGCAGUACAGCACAUGGCAGCUGUUUCUGGCACAUAGCAUUCCUCUGGAAACCAUCAUCCCCAUCCUGCAGCACCUCAAAUACAAGGAACAUCCUGAGGCCCUGUCCUGUCUACUGCUGCAACUCCGCAGAGAAAAGCCGAGUGAGGAAAUGGUAAAGAUGGUUCUAAGUCGUCCCUGUCACCCUGAGGACCAGUUCACCACCAGCAUCCUGAGGCACUGGGCAUCCAAAUAUGAUGACACCCUGGCAGAACACAUCAAGGCCCAGCUGAUCAAGAACAACAACCAACCGCGCAAGAGACAGAGUCUCCGUAGCUCCAGCAGUAAACUGGCUCAGCUGACCCUGGAACAGAUCCUGGAGCACAUGGACAACCUGAGACUGACCCUGAGCAACACCAAGAACAGCUUCUUUACUCAGACUCCGAUUCUCCAGGCUCUGCAGCAUGUCCAGGCAAGCUGUGACGAAGCCCAUAAAAUGAGGUUCAGUGACCUGUUUGCACUGGCUGAGGAAUAUGAGGACUCUCAGACAAAGCCUCCCAAGUCUCGGCGCAAAGCUCCGGCCUCCUCCCCCCGCUCCAGGAAAGGAGCAGCUCCGCCUACCAACAAUGAGGAGGAGAGCGCCUCCAGCAGUGCAUCGGAGGAGGAGGACUCGAAGCCCAAAGCUCCAAAGAGGAAAAGGAAAGGUUCAUCAGCCGUUGGCUCUGACAGCGACUGAUAGACUGGUUUUCUGACCAGUCACAUGCCAGCUGCUACAUGGACAGCCAAUCAGCUGCUCAGUCCACUGGAACAGGCCCCGACCCGCCCAGUGAUGCUCACUGUCCACCUUGACAGCAACAGGCACAGAUGCUGAACUGACUUUUCCUUGGGACUGUUGUUGUUGUUUCAAUGAAAACAAGGGCCACCCGGGUCAAAGGACACACAUGUGGUUGAGUUUCCGGGAUGCUCUGGGGAGGAGCCAUAAACUCUGGGAACCAAAUGAUUUUAAUACAGAAACUUGAUGAAAAUGAAGAUGAGUAGUGAGCAGAUCCUUAUUUUUCAGGGUUUUCUGGGGAGGGGUGGCUCUUAUUGAGAAGGAUCUUGGCUUCCUGCUGUUUUUAGCAGCUCCUUGUUUGUCUUGCUGCAGUAAAAGCUCCUCAUCUUUUAUGAACAUCAUGUUGAUGAAUUGUUCAUAUAAAAACUGAUUGAUUGUUCAGGUUAUCUGUCUAUUACUGAGGGCACUCAGCAAAGGUUUAACCACACGUCAGUUAAAAUCAAAGUAUCCUAAUUUGGUGUCACUCAGUUUCAGCUGUUUUUAUGUGUAUUUUCAUUUUUGCAUAAAACAGUGAAAUAAAAAAAUCUUUAUCACAGAUGUUUUGUUAGUUGGUAAAUCAGCUAAUCAGUUUUUAAUUUUUAUCUGAAAACUGAACCUGUGGCAUCAACAUUUCAUUUCAUGAAUGUGAUGGUGAGCUGAAGGUAAAAGGUGGCAGUUGAAUCAUUCAAUCAGUGUGAUUGGAUCCACCUGCUGCUACAGAUUGAAGCCAAAAGGCCACAGGAACAGCGGGCCUCAUGUCAGCCAUCAAAGGAUCGUCUCUGCGAAACCUGGUCGUGACUCCGGAGCGGAUCCCGACUUUUCUCAUCCCCCACAGUCCACUAAUGCUGUUGUCGCCGCGGUCCCUGCGUAGCUCAUCAGGUCGGACCAGGCUGCUUUCCGACCACGAUGACGACACUGAAACACCCCGCAGCCCCGCGGCCUCAAAUGGGCUCCGGUUCGGCUAUUUGCCGCAGAGUAUCAAGGCUUCGGGCCGCGCCGCUGCAACUGGAGCGACAGGAUCCAACGACACCGAUCUGACGACGCGCGCGGCCAUGUCGCUAUCGCACGUGGACAAGGUAACCACGUCCUAUGGAUUCUGUGCCGUGCUGGCCGCGAGCCCCUGUACGCGCCGACGGGAGUCCAUGUUUCACCGGAGAAAACGGUCUCCGGUCCAGAAGUCCCCUGACAUUAAAGAUCCAGAUCGGUGGCUGGAUUCCUCUCCCGCUCCGGGUUCCAUGCCUCUGCGGCCCAUCAAAGCUCUCGGCUUGCAUGUAAUCAAAGCGCUAAAGAGAACCAAAGCAGCUCGAAGGACCGAGACCCGCUGAUGUCGGUGGCUAUGAAGAGACUGGACGGAUGAACCGGAAUGGUUUAAGAGUUUUAUUUAUUGUUCUAUUUGAUUGUUUUAAUAAAGCUAUAGUGAUGUUUUA